AAAAAAGUGUCAUAAACCAAAACUCGCCUGCUACGCACGUGUUUCUUUCUUCCCAAAAGCUCUGUUCUGAACUGACCAGCUUCAUUUUCACAUCAACAAACCAUGGCAUUCUUCCUGAACAAAUCAACCCUAGCUUCUCAUUUCCGAUCCACCUCUCAGAAGAUCGAAGAUCCCGUUUCCCUCUCCCGCCGUCAGUUCCAUGUUGAACCUGGGACUCGUGAAAAAGCCCUCUUGGCAGAAGAUGCAGCUCUCAAGCCAUUCAAAUCAUAUAAGCAGAGUGUAAAAAAGCUCAGGAAAAUCGGGGAUGUUUUAACCAUUGUUGUUGUCGCAGGAUGCUGUUAUGAAAUAUAUGUCAAGGCUUCUACAAGAGAAGAGGCUCGCAAACAGUAGUGUUCUGAAAGUGCAGAAUGAGAUGAACAUUUGAAUGCUAGUUUUCUUUACAUUGUAUUUUUAUGGCAACAAUUUGGAUGUUAUGAUAGCCAUGUUAGAAUAAACUGAAAGCAUUUGAACCCAAAUUGCUUGUGCAUGAGUAGUUUUUUCACCAUUCAAGAUUUGUGCAUUCUGAUAAUACUGAUCGCAAGAUCAUAGUUGAGAGAGUUGUUGUGGAGUGUGUUGUUUAUUGUGAUUCUGUAGUCAAGCUUUCCUUGUUCUAUGAAUCUGGUGAUCAUCAUUUAGUAACUUACUGCUGAGCAAAUAUCUUUUGCCAGUUUCUAUUA